UUCAGUACAGUUCGCUUGUUUGUGGUAGGAGGUGGAGUGGGACGCGGAGCGCGAUCGAAAAUUUGUUGUGCAUCAGUGUUUCUUUGGUUAUAAGUUGUUUUCUAGCGAAUAGUGUACCAACAUGUCGACGUCGGAUAACUUCUUAGUCAUCGAGCCUUCGCAGGAGUUGCGAUUCAAAGGCCCAUUUAAAGAUGAAGUGUCUAGCAGUAGCUUGACCCUUACCAAUACAUCAGACAAGAAGAUCACUUUCAAGAUCAAGACCACUGCACCAAAGAGAUAUUGUGUGCGACCAAACCAGGGUAUAGUGGAGCCAGGAGCCACAGUCAACAUUGCAGUAAUGCUUCAGCCAUUCGAUUACGAUCCGGCGGAGAAAAACAAACACAAGUUCAUGGUACAGACGAUGUUCCUGCCUGAGGGAGAGGAGGUGGAGUUGGAGACCCUGUGGAAGACUGCCAGUCCGGAGCAGAUCAUGACCUCGAACAAGAUGCGCUGCGUGUUCGAGCUGCCGGCGGAUGCACAGGAGGAUCUGGUCAACAGGCCGGAGCCGAAGGACAUGAAGAUGGCGACGGAGGAGCUGCGCAAGCUGCGGGAGGACCUGAGCAGUGCCCGCGGCGAAAAUCUACAGCUCAGGGAGGAAGGCAUUCGAUUGCGGCGCCAGCUGUCGAGUGCGGCCAGCGCGCCGGGCAGCGCCGCUGCCGACGCCGCGCCCGCCGACACCACCAUGUACUAUGUGAUGGCCGCCGUGGCGCUAGUCAUCGGCGUCAUCGUAGGCAAACUUGUCAUGUAGACCGGUCCGAUCCGCCGCCGCCGCCGCUGGCAGAGCAGCACCACCGCCAGCAGCAGCAGCAGCAGCAGCUCUCCCGUACCAAAUCAGAGGCGUGUGCCUGCGCUUGUCCGUCGGUGUGGAGUCGGACCGCGUACGACCCCUCCCCUCGUCCGCCCGCACGCAUCACGGAAUUUCUUAUCUGUCCCCGGUUUCGGCCCCUGCCGCGAUUGAAAUGGCCCGUGAAUCUGGGGGCGAUCGUUGCCGACGGCUCCUCCGACCCCCUCUGCCCGAACCAAGGUAGUGGCGAAUGGUUUGCCGUUCUGGUGUGGCCGUAUGCGAGAGGUUGUGCACGCAUGCGCGUCAGGGAUGGAGGCGCCAAGGCCUGGCAUGGGGUGUGGGUGUGGGAGUGCCGGUGUCACUCUGGACAGUGCAGCGAGCUGCGGCGUGUCGUCCCACCGCCUGCCAUUGGCCAGCCAGCGAUUGUCCAGUCUGCGCCGAGAGGUUGCUCCUGGGUUAGCGGGCGAGGGAGCGGUGGGUUGUUGUCUUUUCUACGGCGCCCGACGGAGGAGGGGCGCUCUGUUACUGUGGCGCCCCGAGCUGUCGUGAAAUCGCCGGUUGUUUGGCUGUGUGGAAAUAUUGCGCUAGUCGUGGGUUACGCGUUCUUGGAUCUUUAUGUUACUAAUAACCCUUAUUUUUGUUUUCAUUUCUCCCUUUCUGAUACGAAAUUUAUGUAGGGUGCGUUGGUGUCUCAGCCAGCAUGCAGCGGCGCACGAUUUCAGCUUUCCUUGCCCUGCUCGGUCUCAGUUUCCUCCUUUCCGCCCUCUCUAUACGGGCGCCUCCCUUCCUCUAUGGCUCUUCCAGACUGCUAGGCUUCAGUAGCCGUUUGGGAACCCUGCACAUUGGUUGGAAUUGCCAUUGGCAGGGUUGUGUAAUAUCUCCCAGUGUUUAUAACCCACCGGAAGGUAUCAUCAAUAUGCAUGUCGAUUUGCCUGUCGGUGAUUUGAAGUAGUCAAUAAAUUCGAGCUCGGACUCA